CACGUGUUUUCCUUGUAGAGAAAAUUAUAUUCCCCCGAGAAAAAGUUGUACAAGAACAUACAUACGCAUUAAAAAGAAUGUAUCAGGUAGAAGAUUUCGUCACAAUCAAUGGCACUCAACAGAGACACAUAAGAACACAGACUGGUACACUUCAUAAAUGUGAUGUUUGUGCUAGAGAAUUUAGUCAAGGAAGUCACCUAAAGGCACACAUGAGUACACAUACUGGAGAUAAACCUCAUGGCUGUGAUGUAUGUGGUAAAGGGUUUAGUCAGCCUGGUAGUUUACAGAGUCAUAUGAGAAUACAUACAGGGGAAAAACCUUAUGACUGCGAUGUAUGUGGCAAAGGGUUUAGUCGUCCUAGUAAUUUACAAAGACACACAAGAACACACACAGGUGAGAAACCUCAACAUGUUCAUGAUUGCGAUGUAUGUGGCAAAGGGUUUAGUCAGCUUUGUGAUUUACAGAGACACAUGACAAUACAUACAGGUGAUAAACCUUAUGACUGUGAUGUAUGUGGUAAAGGAUUUAGUGAGCAAGGUACUUUACAGAGACACGCUAGAAUACAUACAAGUUAUAAACCUCAUGACUGUGAUGUAUGUGGUAAAAGAUUUAGUUGGCUUGGUAAUUUAAAGAGACACAUGAGAACACAUACAGGUGAUAAACCUUAUGACUGCGAUGUAUGUGGUAAAGGGUUUAGUCAUCUAAGUCAUUUACAGAGACAUAUGAGAACACACACAGGUGAUAAACCUCAUGACUGUUAUAUGUGUGGUAAACGGUUUAGUCAGCUUGGUAAUUUACAGAUUCACAUCAGAACACAUACAGGUGAUAAACCUUAUGACUGCUAUGUAUGUGGCAAAGGGUUAAUUCAGCUUUGUGAUUUACGAAGACAUAUCACAACACAUACAGGUGAUACACCUAAUGACCGUGAUGUAUGUGGCAAAGGGUUUAGUCAGCUUUGUUUUUUACAUAGACACAUGAGAAGACAUACAGGUGAUAAACCUCAUAGCUGUGACGUAUGUGGUAAGGGGUUUAGUCAGCUUGGUAGUUUACAGAGACACAUGAGAAUACAUACAGGAGAUAAACCUUAUGACUGUGAUGUAUGUGGUAAAGGGUUUAAUCAGCAUGGUAAUUUACAGAUUCACAUGAGAACACAUACAAGUGAUAAACCUUAUAACUGCGAUGUAUGUGGUAAAGGGUUUAGUGGGCUUGGUAGUUUAAAGAGACACAUGAGAACCCAUACAGGGGAUAAACCUCAUGAGUGUGAUGUAUGUGGUAAAAAGUUUAGUCAACCUAGUAAUUUAAAACGUCAUACAAGAACACAUACAGGUGAUAAACCUUAUGACUGUAAUGUAUGCGGUAAAAAGUUUAGUCUGCUUGGUAAUUUACGGAUUCACAUGAGAACACAUACAGGUGAUAAACCUCAUGACUGUGAUGUAUGUGGUAAAAAGUUUAAUCAUCCUAGUAAUUUACAGAUUCACAUGAGAACACAUACAGGUUAUAAACCUCAUGACUGUAACGCAUGUGGUAAAAAGUUUAGUUAUCCUAGUAGUUUACAGAGACACAUGAGAAUACAUACAUGAAUACAGGACAAUUGACCUGGAGACAAGUCAGACUGAGUCCAAUCG